AUGUCCAGCGUCGAGAUGACCAUCAGCAAGUACUGUUCCAUGCUCGACAUAUUUCGCAAAUCUGGAAUCAAGGACUUAGACAAUGACCAGCAGCUGUUUAAUACAGUUCUGACAGUGCAGAACCCGUUCUCAACACAACCAUCUCCUGCGAAUGACAGGAGAGAUAAGAUCGACAUCAAACUCAUUGAUAUGGAGGAUGCAACUGAGGUCGAACUACGCUACUGGUCGACAACUACAUCUGAGGAAUAUGCUUCGGAUGUUCUGGAUCGCCUUUUUAAUCAGCUGGAACAGAUUGUGCACCAUGCGACCAAGCCAUUGGGUGCCAUCACCAGCAUUGGGUGA